AUGUUCUCCGUCACCAGCACCAUCGCAUCCGCGAAAACAAUCUGGGAACGUCAAACAAGAUUGGAGUCCAAUGCUGCAGACCGCCUCCGUGAACUUUUCAUUCAAAAGUAUGUCAUCUGUGGAGCACCGUCGAGUACAAAAAAUUUCUUUAAAAUCAUUGGAAACUUCAACUCAGCGCUAGCCAUGGCUUCAAUGGGAGCGCAAGACGCGGCCCGUACUGUUACAGGAUUCAUGGCCAAAUAUACCAUCGCAUGGGGCCUCUUCAUCCCAACGAUGGAGAACAGGUCAGUACGCCAGAUAUGCUUCCUCGAUACAGAACUGGCGGCUCAGCAACGUCUUGGAAACGCGAGAAUUACCGACUGUGAUUCAGGACUGAUGCGCUUCCUCAGUGAGUUACUGCCGAACAUCGCCGUUUACGCCCAGUCCUCCAAAAUGAUGAGUGAGGUGGAGCAAGCCGAGCUUGCGGCAGCAGCGCUAAAGAGGCGAUCUAUCUUGGAGAAGACAACGAUGUUCCACCGAAAAGGAGUUUAUCCGUACAUCUGA